AAUUAAAAAGUAUUUUUAUGGCACUAAAUUAGACAAGAAAUUAAAGAAUAAUUCAAUGAAUGAGUUCUGAUCCGGAGUUAAAAGAGCAAAAUAUUACAAAUCUAAUAAAUGGGUACGCAUCGUUACCAAUGUUACACGCUUGCGCUUUAUGGACAGGAAGUUGGAAGUAUUUUAUUUUUAUGCAAGCAACCCAAAUUAAAUACAAAAAUCCACACCUUUCAUUCUAAACAGUUGGGAUUAUUUGUUGCACCUCUCAAUUACGGUCGAGAUUCGACGGCAUCUUUGGCUGACGUUCUCAAAAUUGUAUAAUUUGUAUUCUGCAUUAUUAAUGCAAUAUUGUUCUUGUGAUCAGCAAACUGAUCCAACUAAACCACAAACGCAAUGAGCUGUGGACGAUGCAAGAUUGGACCAAAAAUUGGUCCGAAAAAACCUUCCUGCCGUCAAAAUCACAAAUCAGCGUGCAGUACACCGUCUGCUACUCCGCGGAAAGUGCCACCACGACCUUUUGUUCAUCAUGCACGCCAAACAGUCCAGAACGACCCAUCUGCAGUUUGCGCUGGUGCAGUGGGGUCAAAAAGUUAUGAGGAUGAUUACGCCAAACAUUUGGAAAAACAGAUACGUUACCUGAAGCUGGAGAACGAUUAUCGCCGAAAUUCAGACAAAGCGGGAAUUUGUGGAUCCGGCUCCUUCAAAGCUCCAGAGGAUGAACUGAACGAUAAACUAAAGACAACCAAUAAAGAAAUACUGGAGCUGAAAGAAGAAUUAAGUCAAAAGCAGAAUGGUCUGAAAGUUGUGGCAGCGCACCGCGAUGAGCUGCAGGAGAAGCUGAACAGUAUCAAUGAUCAGUUUACGUGCCAAAAAGCUGAACUACUGGAAAAUAUGCUCCAUGUUAAACGCGAUGUCGACCGUUUGCGAUUGGAACGGAAAAAACUGGACUUCGAAGCCGAAAUGAAGCGGAGUGAGAUUGCGCGCUACAAAGAAGACAUUGUAUCCUUUAAAAGCAAGACUGAGCUGAUGGAAGAGGAGAUAAUAGCCUUAAAGGAAAAAUACGCUCAACUCAACCACUACACCAGUGAAAAAGAGGAAGAACUUGUAAAAGUCAACAAAGAACUUUUCUCGGCCAGAGAACAGCUGGAGAAAUCUGAUUUCUGCAUGGCUUUACAAGCCAACAUGGAGUUAAAGAAUCAGUUAGCCGACGCACUGGCAGACACUGCUCAGAUGAAAGUGCGAGUGGAACAAGAGGAAGCUGCUAAGCAAAAGCUAAGUGAGCAACUAAACACCGUCUUGGCCGAAACUGCGGAUUUUGUGGCAAAAACCAGCCAACUGGAGGCACAAGUGACACAGAUACAACAGCGCCGAACAACACUCGAUAAGGUCGGAGCGGACAUGGUCGACGAGUUAUCCCGUCGGCAGAACAGGGAAAAAGAUGCUAUGACAAAGCUGGAAAGUAAUGAGAAAUUGUUAUUGGAAAAGGAAGCGGCUGUGUCUAAACUUCAGGCGGAACUCGACGCCAUGGAACAACUGACUCGAGAAAUGCAAAAUACUUGUGAUGCGCAUGCAGAAGAUAACCGAAACAUUUUAGAAUUUACUAAACUUUUGGAAGAUGAAAUGCAAGAAGUGGAAAAGCAGAAAGCGGCCGCCGAAAAGGAUUAUGAAGUCUCCCGGAAAAAGAUCCAGGAAAAGGACGAACUGAUAGCUCAGCUACGCAACCACACAGUUGAACUUGAACGAAAACUAGAAGAAUUGGAAGCGGAAAAAUUUAAAUACAAACAGGAGCAAGUUGCCAAAUGGAACCAAAUGAUGCAGCUGACUAGUCAGAUCCAGCACGUGUCGCAGGAUGUUGUUGAUGACAUUCGCGGUUGUUCUCUGUAGAGCGACUCAAAAUCCAAGUAAUCUUAUAUAUACCAUCAUGGUGAAGUUACUACACAUUUUUCCCGAAUGCAGUUUCGAAUGGAUCCUUACCAUAGUUACAUCACUGUGAACAGAAACCUCAGAAAGCGCCGUCUUUUGUUCGGUAAUCGGUGUAUAAAUAACUA